AUGGCGACCACAUGCGACAUGCGGGACGUUCCCGCCUUCACGCCUGACGUGGCCACAUGUUUUCCUCACCUCGAAGCCGUUUGGGAUGGUGUGGUGAUACGCGGUCUGGUGACGGCGCCCUACCACGCAGCCUGUGUCCCGCCCGACGCCGCCCGCUCGGGCACCACCUCUCGCCCCAACGCCGCCCGCUGGUGCGCCACCUCGCCGCCCGUUCCCACAGCGCGCCCGACUCGCCCCCACCCGACGCCGCCCGCUGGUGCACCGCUUCCAUCACGCCCCAACGCUGCCCGCUGGUGCACCACCACCUGUCCCGGCCCGCCGGAGCUCGCUGGUGCGCCACCUCCUGUCGUAACCCCGCCGCCGCCCGCUCGGGCACCACCUCCUGUUCCGGCACGCCGCCGCCCGAUGGUGCGCCACCUCGCGUACCGCCCCGACGCCGCCCGCUCAGGCACCACCUCCCACCCCAACGCUGGCCGCUGGGGCACCACCUCCCGCCCCGCCCGACGCCGCCCUCUGGUGCUCGCCCCCGCCCUCGCUGCCGGCUGCGGACCGCCCGCGCCGCCUGCUCCAGACCCCCCUCGCCGCCUGCUUCGGACUGCCCUCUCUGCCUGCUCCGGACCGCCCUCGCCACCUGCCCCGGACCGCCCUCGUCACCUGCUCCUUACCGCUCUCGCCACCUCUCUCGGCCCUAUGGGUCGCCCCUCCCCGCUCACCCGUGUCCGCCUGGGCCUCCUGAUGUCCAAUCGCUUUCCCUGGGCAUUCGUGGCGGCGGACGUGGACCAACCGAUCCUCAGCAAGGAUUUCCUCGCGACUGACGACCUCCUCGUGGACCCCAACCGUCAGUGCCUUCGUCGCCAGUCGUCGGACUCCUGCAUCCAUGACGAGCCCUUUGCCCAGCCACUCCCUUGCCUUGGAAACAACACAACGCCCCCUUUCGCCGCCCCUCCCGCCCUCACUUUUCCCUGUCCCUUCGCCUCCUCUCCAGCCACCGCCGUCAUAAUGUGGUCCCCGGAUGCCAGCGACUCAGGACGAGGUGCAACUCCCUCACUCAGCUUUGCUAGCUGGAGGCCUGUAAGCCCUUCCAGUGGCCGGAACCCCUCGACGGUGGACUUUUGGGUGGAGCUGGCGCUUAGCCCUGUCACACCAGCCCACCGCCGAUUCAGGGCGCGGAGUGGAUGCCCUGUGCAUGGUGUGUUUUGGUGUACGGACAUCCUCAGGCUGCUUGGGUAG